AGAUAAGCAUCAGCCAAUCGCAUGAAAGGGUAGUUUCGUAUGAGUUUUCUGGUUGCCAAGGAUACGCAACGACUCCCCCGUCCGUGUUGGUGAAAAAAAGUAGAAUUUUAUUGUGUUGAAUUUUAUUUUUAUCUUAAAAUGGAUGACAUUGGAAGUUUAGAAGUCAGGUGGAUACAAGGUUUUACAAACAAGAGUAUCGAGUUUGUCGACAAUAAAACAGUAUGCUACACCUGUGGGAGUAAUAUCUGUUUCCUGAACCUGAAGACAAAAACGCGAAGUGUGCUUCAGAGUCCUGGCAGAGGCAUUGGUGCAUUGACAGCCAAUGGCAACAAUAGGAUUUUUGCUUUCUCUGAGCAAAAGCUAUCCCCAUCUAUUUUUGUGUACAUUUUCCCAGCGUUUAAGUUGAAGAAUGAACUAAAAGGAACAGCACAACUGGACUACACAUCUCUGACAUUAAGUGAUGGUGGUCCUUAUUUGGCCUGUUGUUCCUCUCUUCCAGAUCAUACCAUAACAGUGUGGAACUGGGAAAACGCUGAGACAAUUUGUACACAACCACAAACUGGGCAUGAUGUCAUUUCUUUGGUGUUCAACCCUCUGAAUUGGCUCCAGCUUUGUGCUUUGGGCACCACAUCUCUCACUGUUUGGAAUAUUGAGAAGAGUGCCAGCGUUCAUAUCCUGAAACCAAGUGUGAUUGAGCUUCCAGCAACUGAUGGUUCCUUUGUUGAGAGAUUGGUGCUCACUUCUCAUACUGUCAGCGACACAAUGCCCUAUUUUGGUCCAGAGAUGCCUCCAUCAGCCAUCUCAGGGCUUAAGGGAGACAAGGCAGAAAGCAUUGUGACUAAACUCUGCACCAAAGCCAGACUAACUCCUACUGCCAUCUGCUGGACAGCCACAUCAGAGCUUUAUGUGGGCUGUGCGGAAGGCUUUCUGCUCCUUGUUGACCCAGAGAGCCUCUCUGUCUCAGUCCUCUUCAACCCCACAACUGCUGAUGCUAUCCCUGAACUCAGAGAGAGCAACUUUCGAGGUUUAACCCUUAACAAGAAUGGUUUGAUCGCUGUAGGAAAGGAGAGUGUGGUGCACUCUCUGCAAAUCAAAGGGACUCAGAUGUACAUCACACAAACAUGGAAAUUAGAAGGACCUGUCACAACUGUGAUGUACUCCCCUGACUAUGAAACAUUACUUUUAUCUUCUAAAACAGGGCAAAUCUAUAUGUUGAAUUCAACCCAGUCAGACAAAAUUGUGAAGGUCCUGGAUGUUCUCAGCGGCAACUUUGUGGCAGCAGCUUUGUCACACACUGACAAGAACAUUUGUGUGUCAGUGAGGGAUUCUGGAAAACUGCAGCUGUGGUCCACAGGUGGCAUUUGCCUCGGUUCCCUGUCUCUUGAAGCUGAGGUGACAAGUCUGGCCUGCUGUCCGAUUGCACAAUACGCUGCUGUUGGAACAGCAUCAGGAAAUGUCCUCUUCAUUGACCUGAACAGGGUGCAGCAGCCUCGCUUGGUGCAUCAGGUUCAUCUCUACCACACUCCUGUGGAUCACCUAGUUUUUGAUCAAGAGGGGCACUACCUUCUCACCGGUGCCUCAGAUUCAUAUAUCUAUGUACUAGAUGCAAAGCCCUCAAAGAAGUUUUCAGUCAUAGGAUACACAGUUGCUCCUGGACCCAUUUUGUCACUUUCCACUCAGUGCAUCAGAAACUGUGAGCAGGUGAAAGUUCUUGCACUGUGCACUGGACAGGAGGGCAAAAAUCAUGAUGGUAGCCUGCUCACAGUGCUCUCUCUGCCUGCGAGGGACCUUGCAGGUCCAGAUUGUGUAGACCGACAUGGUUGCCUGUCUACUCACAUCCUCAAAGUGUCCAGAUACGAAGUGCCUCAUCCACUUAAAUCUUGUGUUCUGGGAGUCAGUGAGGUCUUUGCUUACUGCCACAAGAAGAAAACUCUUCAGCGAUUUCAGCUUCCCCAGGACACAGACGGUCUCUCAAGUCAGCAGGUGGUCCAGCUGAAGCCAGAGCAGGAAGUGAAGGGUCAUCCUCUGGGCCCUGCCUCUCUCUUUCUGUCUCCUCACCAGUUAUGGCUAGCUUCUGUGGGCCGAGAUGGCCUACUACGCAUCCGAGAAACUGCUUCCAUGGAGCGAUACGUUGAGCUGCAGUGUCAUUCAUGCCGUCUUGGUGGGGUUCGGAGUGUGUCCUUCUCUGCAGACAGCGAGACACUCCUCACUGCUGGCUUUAAAGAUGGCUCUCUUGUGUGCACUAAUUUCAGAAUUAAAGGUGUGGGUGCUGGUAAUGUGAAUAAAGCUACUCAGUAUAGCCAGUCUAUGGAUCAUUUCUUGAAGAACAUAUUCAAUACAGAGAAUCCCAUCCUCAUCGACUUGCCUGAGUGGGGCCAAGCGUCUCCCGCUGGUACUGAAAAACCAGAGGGAAGCAAGGUCAGUGGUGGAGCAGAUACUGUGGAUGUGACAGAGCAGGAUGAGAGUUAUAACAGCCUGCUGUCUGCUCUACCUUCACACUCCACCUGGCUGGAGAGCAGGCGAGAGGCGGUUAUAAAGCAAGAGAAUGAGCAAUAUUCUGAGACAAAGAAAAACCUGAGGAAAACCUUCAAAGAGUUUCGUGACACUAUCCAGGAGAUGAUGCGCGAAAAUGAGAACCUCCCAGAUAUUGAGCAUCUGGAAGAACAGGAGUUUAACCUGGAUGUUGAGGAGCAGAGGCGACUGGAGGCCAUGGUGGAACAGGAAGUUACUCGGGUGAGAAAUGAAAUCGAAUGGGAGAUUUUAUCAAAAUGUUACCUCCGUGAUGUCCUAAAGAGAGAAUGCUGGGAUUCUUUGAAGGUCAAAGGCAAGGCCAUUAAGGCCUUUCACUCAGAACAUGAGGUGAAGAACUACCCCCUGAAAGAGCGAACAGAGAAAGAGGUGGAGGACCUUCGCAGGGUUCAGAAUAUGAGGAAGUUUGAAAAGGCUGCUUACACCCUAAGCAGCCUAAAGAAAAGUUCCAACACAACCAGCGUGAAAGAGGAAGAGCAGGGGGAGAAAGGCCACGAGGCAGAGAGUGCUGCUGUAACAGGAAGUUUCUCCGCUCAGUUAGGAUGUUCCAAUCCUUACAUCUACGAUCAGUUCGGCCUGCAAACCACAGAACAGAGGAUCAACCAGAUAAUUCUGCUACAGGAUGUGAUUUAUCGCAUCAAGACAGCUUUCAACGCUGACUUUGAGGCCACUCACAGGCAGAAGGUGCAGGAGCUCAACCGUGUGAGGGACAGGAACAGAUACAUCAGGGAGAUCAUGCUGGAGCUGGACAUGAACGAGAAGCUGUGGGAGCCCAGCCUGACCAACAGCGAGCAGCCAGAGAGGCUGCUCACUGUGGACGACUCUGAGAUAAAAGCAGAAAAGUACCUCACCCCAGAACAGAAAAAGGAGGAGGAGAGGAAGAAAUUGGAAGAGCAAAGACGUUUGGCUGCCAAGGGUGAUAAUGUCAGAGAAAGGGCUCUUGAUGACAUGAUGGAUGGAGUGCUCGAAGUGAAAAAAGAGGACAUCUUGAAAAUGGAAAUACCUCUGCCUGAGUUUGUUUUGACCAAAACCGACACCCACUGGACUGAGGAGGAGAAAAAAGUCUAUAAAGAGUAUGAAAAGAAAACCAAAGACCUGAGUGAGGAGAAGGAGAAAUACAAAAAGUCACUGGAAACUGAAAUGAAAAAACUGCAGGCAUCCACCAAGGAUGCGACUGAAAGGUUUGAUGAAACUUUGACAAAGCUGUUUGAGAAGAAAGUGAAAUGUGAAAUGGCUAUAUAUCAGGAAGAGCUCAAGAUUACUUAUCUCACCUAUUCAGUCCUCAUAGAAGAGGAGAUGAGAAAUCGAGACCUGGAGCUCAAGCUCAAACUUGAAAAAACGUUGGCAUACAAGAAUGAAAUUGGGGAGGAGGUGAAGAGACAUGAAGAAGAAGUAGAAUUGUUUCACGAGACCUAUAACAGCAUUGUAGCUGAGGACAAAGUUCUUGACAAAGAAUUCAGGAAGGAGUUCUUUGAUGUACCAAGCCAUGUAGUUGAUCACCUAUAUAAGUUAUUCAAGCGUAGACCCAGGGUUCAAAAAAUAAGGACCCAGACCGACAACAACUCCAACCCGUUAAAAGAGCAGUGUGGUGGUUCUCUGGCUCCCGAUGUGCUCGGCAAAAUGCUGAAGGCCAUGGAGGAGUUGGACGCUCCGGAGAAUAUACCAGAAGGCCUGAACCCAUCGAUCUGGGAGAGGUUUUGUCUUGUCCGCAGAACAAAAGUAGAGAGUGAGCACGAGGUAAAAGUAAAAGCUUUGACUCUUGCUGAGAUGCAGGCAUUCCUGCAGAAGAGGAGAGAUGAGGAUAAGGCUGCUCAACAAGAAAUUAAAAAUCUUUCUGACGAACUUGAGAGUCUGCAUAAGGAGAAGAACCGUUUUCUGACAGACAUCAUGGUCCAGGUCCUACUCAAACAGGGCCAGGUGGAGGUGUCUACCACAGACCUGACUGCUGACUACACUGACUCUGUGCUUCACCACAGAAGUGUGGUGGAGGACCUCAACAGUGCCAUCAGGACACUUGGAGAGCAGAAGAUAGCCUCCAUGGUGGAGUGCAAAGACUUCCGUAAGGGCAUCAUCCAACUGCAGUGGGAGCACAAAAUGUUGGGGAUGCAGAUAGAGGACCUCAACAACAGGGCGAGGGACAUCCAGAUGUUACGUCUGUCUGAGGAGCAACAGGAUUAUCUCAACAAGACAGAUCGAGACAGUCGCGUAUCCAAGCAAGUUUCUAUUCUGGAGAAAACUAUAGCUUUCCAGGAAAAGACCCAUCUACAGAGCGUGCAGCAUCGCAUAAAAAAGAUUGAACAGCUUAACAGGCAGGCAGCAAUGAAAGCUGAAAAGAACGCAAUCGUAGAACAGCAGCUACCUAAUAUGCAGGUGACUGUGGCAGAGAGGAGACACGUCUAUGAAGCAAUAGCUUCAGAGGAACAUCAGGCAGCUAAAACAGAGGAGCGCUACCAGGAAAUCGUUCAGAAGAAGAACUUGGAGGACUUUGCCAAAGCGCAGGCGGAGAAUCUGGCCGUCCUCUGGGCAGAAGUCGAGCGCCUGAGGAGGAAGAACUUUCCUUCACUUGAUCAGCUGAAACACAACUGAGCAAAGCCUUUUCUUCAACAAAUAACACAAUUUUAUUUACACUUCUCUUAGCAAGUAAAUUUAACAUGCAAUUUACAACUUAAGUUGUGAAUAAAAAUGGUAUAUCAGCAACAAAUAAAACAUUUUUUUAAACUCAG